AUCCCAAGAAUUCAAAAGCAGUUAUGUUAUGGUUUUGUACUCCAACUCUGUCACGUUAUACUAUACGCAACCGGCCAUUUUGAGAAUUGGUGGCCAUGGUGAAAUCCAAGUCUUCCUCUUUCACAUCAUCAAACUCAUCACGCCCACUGUUCAGUCUACCGGAGGGUUGGGGUGUUGAAGAAAUCCCUCGCUCCUAUGGCUCCAAAUUUGACAAGUAUUACUUAGAGCCGGAGACUGGAAAAAGGUUCAGAUCAUUGAGAGAAGUGGAGAGGCACCUCAACGGAGAAACAGUUACUAGCAAACAACAAAAAUCCCCUCAACUCAUUGCAUCCAAUUCUCUAGAGAUAAUAGAAGAGUGGUUUGAGAGGCCUCCAUCGAAAGUGAAUUGGGCUCUUGCUAGUGCUAAAGGGGAUGCUUGGAAUCCUAUGGUCGGUGAUACAUUGAUCUCGGAUGCCGUGAAACAACAAUGGAGGAAGAGAUUUGUGUCGGCCAUGAACGACAAUGAGAGCUCUGCUGCAGUUAUCCCAACAGAGCCGCCACCGCAAUUAACGGAACCGUCGCCGCAAAUACCGGAAAACAUUCAACAAACUCAAUCAGGUGAAGACGGAAGGCAAGACGAAGGAGGACUAAGGCGUUCUUCUCGCACCAAGAAACUAGCAUAUCAUCACCAGGAUUUCAUCUAUCUUUAAAUAAGAUUUUUGUUUUUUGUUUUUUCUUUCAUAUUGUUUAGUGGUUGAUUGUAGAUGAUUAUCAUGUUAAUUCAGGUCAUUUUCAGAGAUGAAAUGUAUGAUGAUGGUUCCGUGAUAUA